GUUUAAAAAAAGAAAUGUCCAAACAUAUAAUUUGUUUCUUCACUUAUUCUUCUUUCGUAAGCCAUCUGCACCUUCCUAAUACGACCUCAUCAAGACUCUUAUCCAACGUUGAAUCAAAGUUCUACUUUUAUAGUUAAGCUACUAUAAGUUGCUUUACAUAUUAUAAUUUUUUAUAGGUAUUUUUCAUUUCGGAUCGUCGUCAAUCGCCAAAUAUGAUGCUCCCAUCUUAUUUACAGUUUGCAAUUCGAAAGCGGGUCUUAGCCGUCUUCAUAGUGUUACUCAUUAUUGCUACGUAUUUAGGAUUCGCGCCUGUUUUGCCAAUUCCAGUGAAUGACAAACUAUGUCAUUUCGUUGUGUUCUUUCUCCUCAGUCUGGUUUUCUACUGGGUCUUUGAUCUGUCUCGUCGCCGUGCUACUCAACUUACGUUAGUUGUCUGCGGACUCGUUGGCUGCAUUGGUUCCGAAUUUGUUCAAGCUUUUCUUACUUUACGAGUUUUCGACGUUUUUGACAUUUUUGCCAAUCUGGUCGGUUGUGGCCUUUCUCUUAUGAUAAAUAUCAUGUAUCAUAAGCGACGCCUUGAAAAACUCCAUUUUCAACGAUAUGGUCGUUUAGAUUCCGUCGAGGAUGAUUUAGAAUUACAAGCUCAACAAUCGGAAGAUGCAGAGGCGGAAAAUGACACCAGUCGUGCGGCAUAAGCCCAACACAAUGUUUUUAUCAUCCUUGGUGUUUGCUUGUAAUUUCCUCUCCUGCUUAUAACUUACUCCUUCUUUUUGAAACUUGAUUUAUGUUUGAUACGCUCUGAUGAAGAAUAAAAGAUUUUCUCUAUUUAACGCUUUUUCUUUGGUAAACAAAAUUGUUGUUAAUUUCUUCGUACCUGCCAAAUGCUGUACUAUAAGAGAAACUCAAAUAAUUCAUUAAACGUCUUGAUGAAAGCAAAUAUUAUUUUUAAGCUUUGUAGUAAUCAUUACAACUGUAAAU